ACUUGAUUAAACGGUAUAAAAUGCAAAGAUAAGUCAAGAUCUAAAGAAAAUUAAAUGUCAAAGAAUCAUCACCAUUCACUCGUCAAUAUCCCUAGAAAAAUCUAUCCACAAAAGAAACGGAUGAUGGACUUAACAUGGAAAUUCCAAAAAAUAAAAUAAAGGAAGGAAGGGAAUGAGAAGCUAUGUACCAGAAUUUUGAACGAAGAAAAGCGAUCGAGGGCAAGGAAGAGGUUGAAGGUGACAAAUUAAAGCAGCAAAGGGAGAUCGAGGAGUGGCGACGACAUGAACCAGCCGACCCCAAUGCAGGAAUUGGUUGCCAAAGAUCUUCAUGGCUAUGAGUGGCGCUUCAAGCAUAUUUUCAGAGGUCAACCACGGAGGCACUUGCUUACAACAGGAUGGAGUACUUUUGUCACUUCAAAGAGACUAGUUGCUGGUGAUUCCUUUGUAUUCCUGAGGGGGGAAAAUGGGGAGUUGCGUGUUGGAGUUAGGCAUGUUGCUCACCCGCAAAGUAGUAUGCCAUCAUCAGUGAUUUCAAGUCAGAGCAUGCACCUGGGAGUGCUUGCAACUGCAUCUCAUGCUAUUGCAACCCAAACCCUCUUUGUCGUCUAUUACAAACCAAGGACGAGUCAGUUCAUCAUCAGUGUGAAUAAAUAUCUAGAGGCUGUCAACAAUAAGUUUGUAGUAGGCAUGAGGUUCAAGAUGAGGUUUGAGGGAGAGGAUUCUCCUGUGACAAGGUUUUCAGGCACCAUUAUCGGGGUUGAUGACUUUUCUCCUCACUGGAAAGACUCAAAAUGGCGAUCAUUAAAAGUUCAAUGGGAUGAGCCUGCAUCUAUCCCAAGACCUGACAGGGUUUCACCAUGGGAGAUAGAACCCUUUGCGGCUCCCACACCACCAAAUGUGGCACCACCAGAUGCAGUGAAAAACAAAAGGCCUCGACUAACCACAGAAAUUCCUGCCCUAGCUUCAGCUGCAUCUGCUCCUUGGAAUUCUGGGGUGACACAUGCACGGGAGGGUAUAAGAAAUGACGAUAUUGCUUGGCAUCACAUGCAAUCUGAAAUUAACAGCAGUUGCAACUCUGUUUCAAGGACUCAGAUCGGUGAUGGGGCCUGGCUAGCCUCUCCCGACUUAAAUGUUUCUCAGCAUCGGUUUCGGGAUACAGUAGAGGAGAGCAAGGGUGUCUUCGCUUAUUCAGCUCCACACUCUUUAAACCUGAAGAGUGAUCUGAUGUUUGAUCUGGAUGACAAGGCGAGAAAGACUGACACAGCUACUAGUUGCCGAUUGUUUGGUAUUGAUCUAAAAAAUUCUGCUGCAAGCUCAACUCAGUUGGAACAAGCACCUGCACGACCAAUUAGUGUAUCUGGUGGAACCACUGGAGGACAUAGUCUGAGUACCCUAUCAGCCACUGAUUCAGACCUGAAAUCCAAAAUUUCAAAAGAGCCACAGGAGAAGGAGCAGGAACAGUCUCAGAUAUCAUUGAAAGAAAUCAACUGGCAAAGUACUUGUAAUUCUGCACGAAGCCGCACAAAGGUUCAGAUGCAAGGAGUAGCAGUUGGUCGGGCUGUGGAUUUAACCAUGAUCAAUGGGUACACUAAGCUUAUAGAUGAACUGGAGAAGAUGUUUGAUAUCAAAGGCCAGCUUCACCCACGGGAUAAGUGGGAGAUAGUCUACACUGAUGAUGAAGGAGAUAUGAUGCUUGUAGGCGAUGAUCCAUGGCCGGAAUUCUGCAACAUUGUAAGAAGAAUAUUUAUCUGUUCAAGUCAGGACGUGAAAAAGAUGAGGCCAGGAACCAGACGUCCCAUGUCAUCCAUGGAAGACGAAGUGACUGUAUUAAGCUUCGAUUCAGCUGAAAACUGAAAUAGGAAUUUUCCUUUUGGUUCUUGUUCUCCAUUUUAGGUUUUAUGUACCUUUUUUGAGGUUGUUUCAUCAUGUUUGAUUUUUUUUUUUUUUUCUGGGUAAAUGAAUAGGCGUUUUUGCUUUUGUUUUAAUUUUGGGGUGUGAAGGAGAGUUGGUAAUGGAUAGCUUGGUUUUAGGAGCUAGCUACCAAUGCCAAAGGAGAGUAGGGAGGGUGGGUAGGUUUGAAACACCAGAUUAAUUUUAGGGUCAGAUUCUUCAGAAACUGUAACCACAGAAGAUGUGAAAAU